AUGGCGGGGGGCGUAGGAUUCCGGGGCGGGCAGGAGAGCGACUGGGUGUCUCGUCUAAGACAGGACCUCGUGGCCUUCAACAUGGGAGACAAAAAUGAAGGUGGUAAAUGGAAAGAGAGCGCCAAGGACCCGGAGGUGUGGUACAACAAGGUCGAGGACGGGGCGGCAUGGUUCACGAGGAAAUGGCACAGGCAGGAAGCGGAAGCGUCCGCGAAGCGCCAGCGCGCGAGGGAAGCAGAAGCAGAGAGUACGGUCAUCUCAGGACCGAAGAGAAAGAGAGGCGGGGAAGCGGCGGUGGGGGGGGAGAAACGGCGACCGGGCACUGCUGUAGA